AUGUGCUCUUUCUACGAGGCCACACCGCUUCAGCUUGGUGGGCUACAGUCCUGUGGCAUCUGGCUGCUUGGGAUCAGUGGCACUCUUCCUCGUCAGCCUUCGCUAAACACAAAGGCAACAGCGACAAAUGAAAGCAAAACCCCAAAACCCAACCAGGAAGGCGGCCCACAGGCACGAAAGGCCCGGGCGAAGGGCUGGGCCGCCCCGGACUACAUUUCCCAGCGGGCCGCGGGGCGAGGGCCCCUCCCUAUUGGGCGGCAGGACUACAUUUCCCAUCAGGCCGCGGGGCGAAGGGCCCUCCCUAUUGGGUGGCCGGACUACAUUUCCCAGCGGGCGUCGGGGCGGGGGCACCUUCCCUAUUGGGCGGCCGGACUCUCGCCCGGGACUCCCGGGCGUCGGGGCGGGGGGCGCAAUCCCUAUUGGUCGGCCGGACUGUCGCCCGGGACUCCGCUUCCCAGCGGGCGCCGGGGCGGGGGCCGUUCGCUAUUGGGCGUCCGGACUCCAUUUCCCGGCGGGCGUCGGGGCGGGGCCGGCCGGCUAUUGGGCGCCCGGACUCCAUUUCCCAGCGGGCGUCGGGGCGGGGGCGCAAUCCCUAUUGGUCGGCCGGACUGUCGCCCGGGACUCCGCUUCCCAGCGGGCGCCGGGGCGGGGGCCGUUCGCUAUUGGGCGUCCGGACUCCAUUUCCCGGCGGGCGUCGGGGCGGGGCCGGCCGGCUAUUGGGCGCCCGGACUCCAUUUCCCGGCGGGCGUCGGGGGCGUUUCGCGCGUCGGAGGUUGCCCCUCGUCGCGCGCCGUCGGCCGCCCGCGGGCCGGUGGACGGGCCUGGGCGGCGGCGGCGGCGGCGGCGGUUGGUCCCGGUCCCGCGGUCCCGGUCCCGCGGUCCCGGUCCCGGCCCGUGAUGGAGGAGGCGGGGGGUCCCGGCGCGUUGUUCGCGGGGGGCCCGGCUCCCGACGACGGGGCCGCGGGUCCGGACGACGGGGCCGGGGGGCCCGCGGGGGCCGGGGGGCCGGACGGGGCCGGGGUCGGGCCCGGGGGUCCCUCCGGGGGUCCCCCCGGGGGUCCCUCCGGGUCCCCCUCCGGGUCCCCCGCCGGUGGCGGGUCCCGCGGGCGCUACAGCCUCCCGGGCAUCCUGCACUUCCUGCAGCACGAGUGGGCGCGCUUCGAGCUGGAGCGGGCGCACUGGGACGUGCAGCGGGCCGAGCUGCAGGCUCAGAUUGCCUUCCUUCAAGGUGAAAGGAAAGGGCAAGAAAAUCUGAAGAAGGAUCUCGUGAGGAGGAUCAAAAUGUUGGAAUAUGCUCUGAAGCAGGAAAGAGCCAAGUACCACAAGUUGAAGUAUGGGACGGAGUUGAAUCAAGGAGAUAUGAAGCCUCCAAGCUAUGAUUCUGAUGAAGGUAAUGAAACUGAAGUGCAGUCACAGCAAAACAGCCAGCUAAUGUGGAAGCAGGGACGUCAGCUGCUCAGACAGUACCUGCAGGAAGUGGGUUACACGGACACCAUACUAGAUGUGAAAUCGAAGCGGGUUCGAGCUUUGCUGGGCCUCUCGAACGAUGUCACAGACAGGGAAGAGGACAAAAAUCAGGAAUCGGUAGUAAAUGGCACAGAGGCUGAAAUUAAGGAAACGGUGAUGAUUGGGAAACCGGAGUUAACGGAUUCUGCCGCGGUGCUGAAGACUUUCAACUUCCUCGAAAACGCAGCUGCAGAGUUCAGCGAUGACGAUGAGGAAGACGAAAUCGACGGCAGAGAGAAAACCAUUAUCGAUACUUCAACGAUUGUGAGGAAAAAGGUGUUGCCUGAUACCAGUGAAGACAGAGACACAAAAGAAGCUCUAAAAGAAUUUGAUUUCUUAGUUGCAUCAGAUGAAGGAGAUGGAGAAUCCAGAAGUGCAGGCGAUGGAACAGACUGGGAAAAGGAAGACCAAUGUCUCACACCUGAAGCGUGGAAUGUGGACCAGAGAGUAAUUACCAAACUCAAGGAACAGUACAAAAAGGAGCGAAAGGGGAAAAAAGGGGUGAAGAGAAAAACUACCGAAGAUCUGUUUCAGCCUCUAUCCUAUAUAAAACAGUCAAAACAGGGAUGUGGGAGAGUGAUGGAUCAAAGCCCAGGACCCAACAGGUCGAAGCUUCAAGAUAUGCUUGCAAACUUGAGAGAUGUUGAUGAACUUCCCUCAUUACAGCCAUCCGUGACGCCACCUUCUCGACCCAGCAGUUCAAGGCUUAGUGAACUGGAAGCCAACAGGACGGAUGAAGUGGAAGCGUUAACAUUCCCUCCCACGUCGGGAAAGUCGUUCAUCAUGGGAACAGAUGAAGCCCUUGAAAAUGAAUUGGGUCUUGGAGAACUGGCAGGUCUUACCGUAGCCAAUGAAGCAGAUUCCUUGACUUAUGAUACAGCAAAUAAUAAGGAUGCCUUAAGGAAGACCUGGAACCCCAAGUUUACCUUAAGAAGUCACUUCGAUGGAAUCAGAGCACUAGCCUUCCACCCGGUCGAACCCGUUUUGAUAACAGCUUCAGAGGAUCAUACGUUAAAAAUGUGGAAUUUGCAGAAAACUGCUCCGGCCAAAAAGAGUACUUCUCUUGACGUAGAACCAAUAUAUACAUUCAGAGCUCAUAAAGGCCCAGUGCUCUGCGUGGUAAUGAGCAGCAGUGGUGAUCAGUGUUAUAGCGGAGGCAGCGAUGGGCUCAUCCAGGGCUGGAACACGACAAACCCCAACAUCGAUCCCUAUGAUUCUUAUGAUCCUUCCGUUUUGAGAGGGGCGCUUUUGGGUCACACCGAUGCAGUCUGGGGCUUAGCGUAUAGUGGAGCACAUCAGCGCCUACUGUCCUGCUCAGCGGAUGGCACUUUGCGUUUAUGGAGCACUGCAGAAGUGGCCCCAGCCCUCAGCGUGUUUAAUGAUAAUCAAGAACUGGGAAUUCCUGCCUCUGUGGAUUUAGUGAGCAGUGACCCGAGUCAUAUGGUAGCAUCGUUCAGCAGCGGCUGCACUAGCAUCUUUAACAUGGAAACACGGCAACGCAUUCUCACUUUAGAAUCCAACGUAGACGCAACAGCUUCCACAUCUUGUCAGAUUAAUCGAGUCAUCAGUCAUCCAACUCUUCCAAUCAGCAUCACUGCUCAUGAAGAUAGGCACAUCAAAUUCUAUGACAACAACACAGGAAAAUUGAUCCAUUCGAUGGUAGCCCACUUAGAUGCAGUUACAAGUUUAGCAGUUGAUCCCAAUGGCCUGUAUUUAAUGUCUGGCAGUCAUGACUGUUCAAUACGCCUUUGGAAUCUGGAAAGCAAGACCUGUAUUCAAGAGUUUACAGCCCAUCGGAAAAAGUUUGACGAGUCGAUUCACGAUGUGGCUUUCCACCCAUCCAAAUGCUAUAUCGCCAGUGCCGGAGCAGAUGCCCUGGCCAAAGUCUUUGUAUGACAUAAUGCCUCCCUUCCAACUCCUAGCUCUUUUAUAUAUAAUCAGCCGCACAAAAGAGACAGAAGAUCGGGGCAACAGCUAGUCUUUCCUGCCCUUCCGUUCUGCCAGUGGAGCACAGAGAACAUUUGUUAAAAGUAUAGUUUUUGCAUUCGGUGUGCUGUUUUCUAAACUAAGGUUUGUUCAGGUUGCUGCAAACUCAGCUGGUUCUGUGAGCCUGAAAACUCUUUCAAAUUGUCCCCAAAGUCAGCGCUUUUAUCGGUGAGGGUGUAUUUAGACGCCAGGCAGGCCUGAGCGAAAAGAGAUUCAGUUAUUCCCUGUUGAUAAACUAGGGCAUCGUUAAGGGAUGGACUCGAUAGAUCACUUGAUAGCUGGGGGGGAGGGAGAAGGGAAAACGUAACGCUUAUUUCGCACUCCAGGAAUUUUGUCAAAGUUAGAUAGCCAAAACGGUGACCUUUUUGAAGGCCCCUUUGUGAAUUAUGACUAGACAGGGUUGAAAGAAGGAAUUUUAGUUUCUGAACAAUUUGGACAUUAGCAAGUCUACUGCUCAUUUGUAGAACGUGAAUGCAAUAAUACUUAAUGUUAUGCCAUUCAGUAAUGCCAAUCAGAUGUUUAUAUAUGCCAUUCGGUUUUGGAAAUGUGUUACCAAGUAACUGAAGGUUUAGCUCUUAGCUACUCUUCUACAGGUAGAUCACAUUUCAUUAGGAAGUGAACUUAAAAUUAGGAGACUCUCUCCUCCCCCCGGCAAUAGACACUAAAGCCGGUCUCUCCGAUACAGAUAGUAUUAUGAGCAUUCCGUUUCACUAGAGUGCCACCUGCAUUAUCACUAUGGCGCAUCUCUGAAGCCAGAUUUCCAAGCGUCUAUCUGGGGGUAAUUUCAUUUAACCGUAUCCACUUAACUGUUGAGUGGAUUCUCGGGGUGUAAUCCCUCACUCCUCAAAAUAAGAGCCGCGACUAAUGCCAGCAAUAAAUGUAACGUUCAUUUCAGUAGUGUAUUACGGUGAGGAUGAGUGAGCCACUCUUGUGGAAGCACUGAACAGAAUUUCUACGCUGUGAAAAUUGUGUGGCAGCGCCUUUGAGGAGGGAGAUGGAAUGCAGGAAACCUGGGCAGAAGGGUCAAGGUCAGCGCGCAGCGGAUAAAGGGCUCCUAUGUGGGUUUUGGUGCCUUGGUGGUUGGUUUUUUUUUCCUUAAAUCUGACCAAAUUUAAAAAUAAUGACAGUAAUUAGUGAUCUUUGGGAAAAGCAGCGUAUCGAAAGGAAGACUUCCAUAUGAUCUUUCCUAGACUGAAUAUUCUACUUUACUAAUCUGCCCCUCACCUUAUUCUGCCGUGACUCCUGCUGAAACUCAGCCUCUCUCUUCCCUCCCCACUAUUACAAGGCUUGGCCCCCAGUGGACAGCCAGUAAAUGGUGUGGAUUGAUGACAAAUUGGAAACAAAUAAGCGAACGUAUACUUUUUCCUAAAAGCAUGCGUGCAGAUUGCCGAUUAGGUUUCAGAGGUUUGGCAGCUCAUAACCGUUUUCACCUCCCUGUAGGUUUUUCAUCAGUCAUCCCACAUUUCCUAAUGUGAUGCAGAAACUUCAGAUGGUAAAGAGCAACGAGGAAGAAGUUCAUUACCAGUGCUGUGGGAUAUUUCCACUUUUUAUUAUCAUUUUUAUUUGGAUGCAACUUGAGUUGGUUCAACUUAAUUUCCUUCCAGACAUGGUAUUUUUUAUGGUGGCUAGGAGAUGUACAGCAGGUUGAGCAUUCGCCGUUAUGCCAGCCGUAGGCAUUUUAAUAGUUUUAACCAAAUUUUACACUUUAGGGCUUUGCACUUAGUAAUACUAGGGUAAACCAAACUCUUCUGAUUGGUUAAUGGAGUACCUACUUAGAAGCACUUCAGUGAAGCUCUGAGUGUGUAGUAAAACUGACCCAAAGCAACCUUGAUAUGGCUGCCUGAUACUUGAUAAAUUCUGUGUUCACAUUCUCCACGGUGCAGAAAAAGGAAAACGUUAACUCCGUUUUGAAGCAAAGAUGCUAAUUUCCAGGCCGCAGUCGCGACUUCAUUUUCAGAGACCACUCCAUGCUACAUUUGGUUCAAUUCCUACUUAGUCAUGUAGAGCGGGCCCCAAGAAAGUGUGAUGGUGAGGCCCUUCGAUUGUGUGGAAACCGUCGGAGCCGACUCCUGCUAAUCAUCUUUUACACGGUCUUGUCCCGUUAAUGGCAAACUCAUUUGGGGGAGGUCUAGGGAAGGGAAGUGAGACAUGUUCUAGGCUCCAGGAAGUUUGGCAGGAUCAAGGUUUCUACUCCCAUUUCCCAGUCAGCAGGAUCAGAUUCCUCCCAUUGCUAUGUUGCUGUCAGGGCAAGACUACAGGGUAGGAGGUGCUUGGGAUCGGAUCAUGGCCCUUGUCUCGUCGUUACUGGAGCCAGAGGCCAGCGAUCCAGCCCGGGUGGCUUGGUUCCCCCUGUUUUCAUACAUGGGGAGACAGAGGCAGAAUUCUGACAGCAGAGUAUCCACCAAGCAGAUGAACUCCAGUGUGGAGAGGGAGUUAGUUGAAAAAUCCAUAGGCAGCCCAAGGAGGCACGGUACCCAGAGACCAGAUGGAUGUUUUGUAGUCUAAGGGUUACGCGUAAUUCAGCCUCUAUUUCAAUCUGGCCCCUGUGACCAGUUCUCCAUCUGCCUACCAAAGAGGGGGCCGGAACCCAAAUAGAAUGCGGGAGGAAUGAGUGAAUUCAAGAUCCGAAUCCAAUAAUAAGAAUUCCUUUCUCGCGAUUGAUCGAUUGACACUUUUUGAUGAAAUUCCAUAGUCCCUCCGACCGUCAUAAGGUUGUUUGGUCCCUGCUGUAUCUUCUCACAGUCAACGCACGUUUGGGUUCGAGGAGCUUCCGAUACCCUUCUCAAGACUGAAAUAUCCUAACAAUCCCAUUUUCUGUUCAGGUGAUACCCAGGUGUUCCAACCUAAGUGAGAUUCCCUUCAGUAUUUUUCUAUUGGGCAAAGUGACGAUUCUUUUGCGUGUUACUCCAAAUAUUUAGCUUUUAUAAAACUGUUCUCAUUAAAGGGGGGAAAUCAGGCUGCAUACCUACGAAAUGAACUUUGUGAGAAUAUUCCUGUGUAUUUGACUUUCAUUCCUUAAGUACUAUUGUUAUAUUUCUUUUGGGGGUGAUUAUAAAGAUUUAUUUGGAAAGGUCUAAAAGUUAUGUAUAUUUUAUAAAUAUAUAUUAUAUAUACUAACAGAUAUAUAUAAUAUAUAUAUAGACCAUUAUAUAUUAAAACAUAGGUGCAUUUUACUGUUUUGUAUUAAGAGUUCUGAGUUAGUGUACACAAAAGAUAUGAGUAUGACAUGAAUGUUGUGCUGUUUGCUUCCGCGAUAUAAUAUAUAGUUCAGAUGUUUAAAUUACUGUAUAUACUAUAUACACUAUAGGUCAGCAUGCUUGUUUGAAAGACUGUCAUUCUAGUUUAUUAAAAUCUGAAUGUAAGAAACUGGCUAUUCAAAUGUGAAUUUAAAAAUGUUCUACUCAAUAUUGAGCUAUUCACACUGAGCAUUCAGGCUUUUUAACAAAAUGAAUCUUAAAGAAGGCAAUAGCUAGAGAAUGAGAGGUGCCUUUUAAAAAAAAACAAAAUGUAGCCUUACAAUGAGGAUGUGGAGUAUAUUAUAUAUAUUUUUGUGUGUGUGCGUGCGCGCGGGUGUGUGUGCGUAUGUCCUGAUUGUGAUCACUGAUGUCUUUUUUUUUUUCUUCUACUUUCCCACAUGGUAGGACUUCAGGGUUCUGUGCAUGAGCCUGUCUGUGCCCUUCUGAGUACCACGUGUACUUUUUGAGAAUUUUUUUCUGUGAAUUCAUACAUAUUUCACUGGAAAAAAAACAAAAAAAAACAAAACCCUACGCUGGCGAUCUUUGUUUUCAGUAAAAAUCUAUGUGAAAGGAGAAAUAGCAAUCUCUUUAUAUAGUGAUAGUUACCCAUCGUGUACCUAAACCAUGAGACAUCAUCAAAGUGAGUUAAGAAAAUUUAAUUUCCAAAAGGUUUAUUUACUAUAUUUGUUACAUUUCUCACCUUUUUUACUUCAUUAUAAAGGGGCAAGCCAUGUGCCUUUUAUGAUGGAUUCAGCAACUAACAUUUUUUUCCUUUGCCCAGGGUGACCAAUAAAAAUCCUAUAAGAAGAGAGAUUUCCACAAAGUUUCACCCAGUUAUUUUUUCCAGUCUUUUAAACACGCAGUGUCUCAAAGGAAUAUCUGUCAGGGUAGAAAUUUUUGUAUCUUCCUUAGAAUUUAAAAGCCACAUUGGACUCUCAAAUUUUUGCAAUUUGGGACAAUUUUUAAAUAACUGAUAUAUUUUUUUUCUUUUACUGGGAAGAAUGAUUUAAGAGUAGCCUCAGAGGGUAUUAGUUAUGAGUAGAGUUAAAUCAUUCCUAACAGGCAUGUGUGACCUAUUCAGUUAAUAAGAUUCCAACAGGGUUGGAAUGUGUCUCUUGGUUGAAUGUACAGAAAAGCGAAACCAAGGUAGUAAACUGGAAAACAAAAUGUUUUAGAUGUAAUGUACUGGCUUUCUUUUUUUGAAACCUGCUUGACAUUGAUGACUAGUUUAUUAAUAAGGUCAUCAGCAUCACUUUCGUUUCCUCAGGCUCCUCCCGUCCUUUAUGAAUGGUAGCAAAAGAAUUAUUUUAAUGAUUCUGAUUCUUUUAGCGUUUGUUGCUGGGAGUCAGGAUUUCCUCCAGCCUUGGCUCAAAAAAAAAGUAUCUGUUUUUUUGAGCAGAUAUAGCGGCUCACUCCCGUGUUCCCAGACUUACCUUGGAGGAUGCUGUCGGAACUCCAGGAGAAUCGGCAAACUGUGUUUUUCAAGUAAUAGUUUUUCUCAAGUGAUUUUAGUGAUUUUGACUUUGAAACGAAUUGCUGUUGGAAGCGUUUGGCAAUUUUAAUGUUCCGCCGAGUUUUCAGUUUCAGGGUGAUAUGAACCAAAUAGGUAAAUAGGAAGAUUAAAGAGAUAACAAAUCCCAGCUCUUAGUUCAGUGCCUGGCACAUAGUAAGCGCUUAAUAAGUACCACAAUUACUGUUGUUACUAUGUUUUUGAUAGUACCUUUUUUUUUUAGCUAACUCAUUUUAACUGUGAUAUGUUGAAGCUAACUUAUUUUCUUUGUAGGUACAUCCUAGGUGCCAGAGCAGAUUUCCUGGCAAUGUUCCUUAGCUGGUACUCAGGGGAUGUCUUUUCCUGUAUUGAGCCCUAGAUCUGGCUUUUAUCAGGACCAAAUUGGAAAAGUCUAUCUCGAGGUACUAGUGACCGUGAACAAAUAGGGAAUGGUGGGACCCAGUAGAUAAAUUGAGGAUUCUGCCACUGGCCUGGUUCCUUCCGCUCUUAAAAAAUCCCAGAUUAGAGUCCUUUGGUUUUACUCUCAGAAUCCUUCUAGAUUUGUUAUGGCCACCUCAUCACCUAAGGGAAUCAAAAGACUGGAGGGGAAGGAUGCGAAGAGUUGUGGCUUGCAAUCACCCUGUUCUCAUUUCAGUCCCUGUGAAAUGGGGAAUACAGAGCGCUCAAUACAGAGGGCUCUUGAAAAUCCUAGUCGGUGACAGUCAGAACAGAACCCAGUAUUCUCCCUUUUUGGUCCAAAAGGCACGCACUAACCAGAGCAAAGGAAGGUAGUGCUUAUCUCCCAUCUCCCAUUUUCUUCAGCUUCUUGGUUUCUCGAUGCUUGACUGAAAUCUGCAUGGCCACAUGAGAGAACAAAUGCAGGUUGAUCUUUUUAGCAGUUCAGACUAGUCAGUCCUCCUUUAAAAUAGGGGUCAUCAUCAUCAGGGGGAUUUAUUGAGCACUUACCGUGUUCAGAACACUUAUGUUCUUGACAAAUGCUUUGCUAAGUAAAACCUGCUUUGUGAUACUCAUGCCCUGACAACUCCACCCGCCUACACGCAGUCAUUUCUUGGGACAUCUGUGUCCCAUCCAGAUCGACUUGUGUUACUGGGGCAGCACUCCUCAAGUCCCCAAAGCUUUUUCCCAAAAUAUAUGCUGAAAACACACUUUAAAGGAGAACUGACUGCAUUAGGUGGUUUUUUAAAAAUCAAUUUUACCUGCAUCCCAUGUAUUAUAUAUAAGAGAUCAGCUCUCUUUAGCAGUGAGAUUCACCAAGGUACUCUUUUUGUUCAUUAACCUCUUGAAUUUCCUAGGACUGGCAACAGGGCAAUCUCAUUUCAGGGUUCUCAACUCAAAAACUUGUUUAUCUGUUGUUCAGCUGAAGGCCAAACAUGGCAGUCUUUUGCUCUUUCUUUCCGUUUCACCUGAAUCAAAAUUCAAUGCAAGUAAUCGUUACCACUCAUUUUCAGGGCUCACGAAUUUUCUUUUGUUAAUUCAGGGUGUGUGGAUGAGCUGAUUAAGACAUCCAUUUUGGGUGGCUCCAAAUGUACUGUUUGUUUCUAAAUAAAGUGUUCAAGCUUACGGAU